AUGGCGCCCAAAACAUACAUCGUCGAACAUCUUGAUGAUGAACUUGGCCCCUGGUCAGAGUUAGAAUAUGUAUCCAUAGCUAAAGAAUCCGAGGAAGCAGGUGACAAAUUUUGUUUGUGUUCUGUGCCCACCACUUUGGUAGUGCCAGAAUCAUUGAAGAUUGUGGCUGGUUUCACCAUGGAUAACCGCAGUAUUGAAUCUAUUUAUGCUCAUGAUAAGGAGCGAGUCUGCUUACUAGAUCCUCGAGCGCCGAGUGAAUUGACACCUGCAGAUGAUAAACUUUUUGAUGUAUUCCUCUUUGGAGGAAUUCUUGGAGAUGAUCCUCCUCGAGAUAGGACAUCCGAAUUAAGGGCCAAAGGAUUUCACGGUCGUCGUCUUGGUGCAACACAAAUGACUACCGAUACCGCGGUGAGAGUAACACGCCUAGUAAUUCAGAAACAAAAGGGGCUCGAUGAGAUAGCCUACAAUGAUGAGCCAGAGAUUCGGAUAAACAAGCAUGAAAGUAUUUCUAUGCCUUUCCGCUAUGUUCAAAAUGCGGCGGGCAACCCAGUUAUGCCAGACGGAAUGAUAGAAUUAAUCAAGAGGGACUCAGAAAAAAGCUUAGACGACCUUUUCUAA